CUUCUAUUUCUCUGUUUGCGCUCGCUCGUUCGCGCCUUCGUUUACUGUAUGGUUAGGGUUUGGCGCUGAGUGAGUGCAGCGAUCACCAGCGGAUUUGGCAAACAAUAUUUUCUAUUGAGUUCUUCCGUAUCUCUCAGCGUCGAUCGCCCGCUUCCUAUUCUCAUAAUAUUCUUUAAUCUUUUCAACGUAGUUGAGGAAUUCAACUGGGAUAAUUGGGCUGCUUGCCGGAAAUCUUGCGGUUUCUAUCUGUUGUGUACUGUCAAUUUUUAGGUAAACUCGACGAAUUGCGCCUAUCUGAUUUUUCCAUGUUGCAGUUACUGAACUCCCAUUUCGCACUUGAUAUGCAUCUAUUUGGUAUACUUUGGAAAUGGCAAAUCGAAGUUUAGUGUGGAACGUUGCGAGGAAAUGUUUCACACUUGGAAUUAUAGGCGUUACGGUUUCGGAUCGUUAUGCGAGUGUUGUCCCUAUCCGGGGUGCUUCAAUGUCUCCCACUUUUAAUCCUAGAGCCACUUCUCCGGCAGGACCUGUUAGUGAUGACUACGUGCUGGUUGAGAAAUUUUGCCUUGAGAAGUUUCAAUUUUCUCCCGGUGACGUGAUUGUUUACCGAUCCCCUAGUAAUUACAAGGAGAAACAUGUGAAAAGAGUUAUUGCCUUACCAGGAGAUUGGGUUGGAACUCGUCAAACAUAUGACGUUGUAAAGGUUCCAGAAGGACACUGUUGGGUUGAAGGUGAUAAUUCAGAUUGCAGCAUGGACUCGAGAUCUUUUGGCCCGAUACCAAUGGGUUUGAUUCAAGGUAGGGUGUCACAUAUUGUAUGGCCACCUCAAAGAAUUGGUGCUGUUGAGAGGAAAUACCCUCAGGGGAGAGUCAAGUCCUACUAAUAAUACCAAAAUUGAAGGUCUUUUACAUUAGGUAGAAAUUUUUUAGAACUGGAGACCUUUUCUGCAGUGAUUUCUAUCUAUCACUUUCGGUUAUGUUAUUUUUUCUCCAUAACAUACAUUAUUUACAUUCUUGGGGUAUUUUCAAUGUAAUACCCGUAUUUGGAGGAACCUGUAUUUCAGUAACGAUUGAACUUGACCUCACGUAUGCACGAGAAUCCCGUCGCUUAA